UAGGAAAUGUUCCCAGCUAACUAUCAUUAGUGAUAUGCAAAAGGGACUAAUAGCUGCUGUAGAUGAACUAUUUCCAGAAUGUGAGCACAGAAUGUGUGCUAGACACAUAUUAGCAAAUUGGUCACAAAACUUCAGAGGCUUAGAGAGAAGAAAGAAAUUUUGGGCUUGUGCUAGAUCAACAUUUGAGGCACAAUUUAAGUACAAUAUAAAUGCCCUGUCCAAGCUGGGAAUAGGUAUUGUUGAAUCCCUUAUCAAAUACAACAAGGAGACAUGGUGUAAAGCUUUUAUUCAAACAUUUUCAAAGUGUGAUAGCAUAGAUAACAACAUGGCAGAGAGUUUCAAUUCUUGGAUCUUGGGACCUAGGAACAAGACCAUUGUAACUAUGUUGGAAGAAAUUAGAGUUAAGGUGAUGAGUAGAGUGAGUAAGUCAAGAGCAUUUGCUGAAACAUGGACAGAUGGAAUAUCUCCAAUGGCAAUGAUGGUAUUCAAUACAAAUGUAACAAGAUCAAUGCAGUGCAACAUUGAAUGGAAUGGUGAUGUUGGAUUUGAAGUGUUAGAAGGGGUAUACAAGCAUACUGUGAACUUGGGUCAACAAAAAUGUAGUUGCAGAUCAUGGGAAUUAAAAGGUAUCCCAUGUGCACAUGGUAUAGCAGCAAUGAACCACUUGAACAUGGAUGCAUCACAAGCAAUAUCUAGUUGGUAUAGAAAAGACACAUAUAUGAAGACAUAUUCUCAUUUCAUUCAACCAGUCCCAAACAUGGAAAUGUGGCCUGAAAGUAGAAACCCAAUGGUUGAACCACCUGAGGCAAGACAAAUGCCUGGUAGGCCACCAAAGAACAGAAGAAGAGAAAUUGGUGAAGUGAGAAAAGCUGGAAAGUUGCCAAGAAUGGGGACAGUAAUGACAUGUUCACUUUGCAAAGGACCAAAUCAUAACAAGAGAAAUUGUCCAAAAAAUCCUAAAACUAAGUCUACACCAACACCCACUCAAGAGUCCACCACUGGAAAAAAGAGGGGUAGAGGUCAUUAUGAAAGAACAAGCACCAGUAAGACUGGUACAAGAAGAGGUGCAGGAAGUGGUUACAAGAAGAGGCCUAAAGUUGUUGGACAAGGUGUAUUUGUUGCUGAUACUGGAUAUACGUGUAUUAAUCAAGGAUUGUCUAGCAGAAGGAGGGUUAAUAUUGGUGUGGUGAGUUCUGCACAUGUGACAGGUGAUAUUGGUUUUAAACCUACCAAGGGACUGAAGUGGAAAGGCAAACAGGCCAUGACUCAAAGAGAACUUCAAGUCGAAAAUGUUAUGCGUCGUAUUCAAACCAGAUCAAAAGCUGAUGACAUUCAAACAAGGUCACAAGCCAAAGGAAAAUCACUCUCAAAGAAAACUUCUUAG